AUGGCACAAAUUAGCAUGUCCAGGGCCUUCUUCUUCGUCCAAAUGCUGGUCUUGGUCGUCUUGGCUGCAACGGUUUCGGCUCAGGAGAGUGCUCCGGCACCAGCACCGGCACCAAUGGAUGCCGGGGCUGCUUACUCUUUGCCUGUAAACGGCGCAGCUGUUGGAGCGUCGCUUAUGGUCUCAGUUUUUGCCUUGUUGAAGCACUACUUGAAUUAA